AUCAAUAUGUGUCACGAAACGAACUGAAGGCUUCAGGUGGUGUGUUAAUACGAAGAAGAGAAGCUGUCGGAAAUUCUAUAGGAGUUACAGUGCCAGAAUCCUGGAAAUUACCACUACGGCAUCAUGCUAUUUCCAGCAGCCCAAUAAACUGGAUGACAUACAAACUGUGCUGAGCAGUAAUGGAUCCCGAACGACAUAAGUCCCUUAUGGAAGAACUCACCUCGAUCACCACAACCGUCGAAGAAAGGCGAAAAAUAGGCCAUGAGGUUUUGCGACAGUUACUUCUCAGCAAUCCGAAUUUGAUGAAAGUUUUCAGGCCAAUUCAGUCAAUGACACUUCCGCAGGCUCUCAAUUCCAGUUACCUCGGUCAACUUUCCAUAAAGUUUGUUGAUAGCCUAUUGGAAGUGGUUCGGAAUUAUAACGACCAAGAUGUACUCAGACAAACCAUUAUUCAGCUGGCCAAUAUUCACAAAAACCGGGGAAUCACCGUUGCUCAUUUUGUGGCCGUGAUACCGCUGUUCACAGAUACACUGGCAAGCUUUCUCCAUAUCGAGGAGAACAAAGAAAGUUUGCAAGAAGUGCUUACAACUAUACUCCCAAUGAUUGGAAAGAGGUUGUGAAAGAGGUUUCAAACCUGCAAAGAAAUAUGCCCAGCUUUCGCUAAUACUUCUGCAAAACUACAUAUAACUUUACUAGGAGAGUCUGGUGUGCCCGUCUGUACAGAUGUCUGGCACCUCGAGUGUUAGUUUGAUGUUUUUCAUCGGAAUACUCCUGCUCUAAAUAUAAUAUAUUUUGUGGAAUCCUCGUCAGAUGUCCACCCAAAAUGUUCCUUGAAAGAAUCGACUAGCCCUCAUCCUGACAACUGCUUCCCAUUUGAAGGCAUUUCCUUUCGAAUUUGAGCAACUUGGAAGUAAAACCAACCAUCAGUUACUACUUUCUCUUUUAACUUUCAUUUGUUUUUAUCAUAGAAAAGCAUUGUGAAGGAAACUCGAAUAAAUGAGUUGGUU